AAUAUAGGCAAGCCAAGCGAUUAGCGACAGAACAUUUUGGCUAAGUACAGAUGAUUUCUGGUUCCGUUUGCCAGGUGGUCACCGAGGCGGAGGAGGAGGAUGGGAAUAAUGAAGAGAAGGAAGAGUCGGAGGCGGAGGCGAGUAACAGUGUUCCACUGAAUGCUGUACAAUGUCCCAUUGUGAAAGGGCCGCAAAUCGUUCUUAUCAGCUAUGCUAAACGAUAUACGGAUAUUGCGCGUCUGAUGCGGCUCAGGUUUAUCGCGCAGGUGUGUCCCAAGCUGCGUGUGGAGGCUCUGGAGUUGGCUAUCAAUAAUGUAAAGAAGACUUAUAAUGUGAAAAUGUAUGAGGAACUUUACCGUAAACUCUGUAUGGAAAGGAAACGCAGCGUGGUCACCCCGGAGUCGAGUGAGGCAGCGAGUCCAUCAACAUCGAAAGCUAAGCCAAAAUCGGAAGCGCAUCUUUACGACGCCUAUUGGGUGGAGGAUAAUACAAUGGAGGCGACACUGUUGCUGCAGGAGCUCGAUGCUGAGCUCAAUUUCAAGAAAUCUAAUUCGGGCAGCGCCUAUGUGCGACGCAUCCUCGAAGAGAUAGGCGACUACCACGUAAAGAGUGGCAACUUUCAGUUGGCCAUCAAGUUCUAUGCCCGUGCCAGGCCCUAUUGCACUAGCAGCGAUAAUGUGAUUCACAUGUUUCGCAACUUGAUACGUGUUUCCAUCUACAUGGCCAAUUGGUGGCAUGUGCUCAGCUACAUCGAGGAGGCCAAACAGUAUGCGUUGGGCUUCCCUGAUCUGAUGGAGGCGGUGCCCGCCCAGCUCAGCUGUGCAGCAGGUCUGGCCAAUAUGGGUCUCAAGGUUUAUAAGACGGCAGCGCAAUGUUUUCUCUUGACGCCUUUUGAGGGUUAUGACUAUGAUAAGAUUGUGGCGCCACAAGAUGUGGCAUACUAUGCAGGCCUGUGCAGUUUGGCUACUCUGGACCUAGAGAUGCUGCAGCUUGGCUGUCUUAAUUCAGUAACGCUUAGGCCCUUCUUUGAUCUAUCGCCCGACAUGUGGGGCAUUUUACUCAAGUUCAUCGGUAACAAAUUUGAUAGCUGCGUGCAGCUGCUUCAUGGCAUAGAGAAUCAUAUCCGUCUGGAUGUAUAUCUGGCGCCACAUGUGGAUGCGCUCUACAAAAAGAUCAUGACUAGAAUUCAGGAUAGCAGUCACACCGAUGGCUUGCAAUCAAAUGACAACUCAUCAAUAAUAUCUCAGGAACUGAAGCUUAACAAUAGGCGACCAAGUGUAUAUUUUCCAAGCACAGAUUCGUAACUUAAGAAUACGCAAGGUAUUUGAAAUAAAAAUUAUUUAAAGCGUUUAGUUGUACACAAUACAAAAUAAAUAGCAUAAAAUUAGAUUUCAUU